GAGGCGGUGGCGGCGGCGGCUGCGGUGGGGGCUCGUAGGGAGUGUUGUGCAGAAGCUUCCCGGAAGGGUGAAUUGGAUUAAUUAGCUGUUGCUGUUUUUUUAAGGGGGGGGCUGAUUUGCCUUCUCUCCCCCCCCCGCCCCCCUCCUUCUCCGUGGAGAAUUGGCGCCUGGAGGAGGCGGUGGUGGCAACGCUACCGGAGGGGCCCCUGUGCGCGGUGCUCCCCCUUUCCCUCCCCUUCCCCCCCCUUCCCCCUCCCCAAGCUUGGCUUCGCUCCUGGAGGAGUUAGGGGAUUUCGUUUUGUUUGUUUUUCUUUUCCUUUUUUUUUUAUAAAUACAAAUCUGCAUAUUGAUUUUUAAACAAACAAACAAAUCCCCCCCGCACACACGCCUGCCUCUGGGAGGGAAAUAGCCAGGUGGAAUCUCACUCUGUUUCCAUGGACAACCCGUCCAUUAUCACCCAGGUGACUAACCCCAAAGAGGAGGAGAUCCUGUCCUGCACUCAGGAUAAAGUGUCCCAAUGUAAUAUCAGCUUGAAGAAGCAGAGGAGUCGAAGUAUCUUUAGCACCUUAUUCUGCUGCUUUCGUGACUACAAUGUCGAGCCACCAACUACCAACAGCACCAGUGUGCUUCCUCCUUUGGUGGAAGAGAAUGGAGGACUUCAGAAGGGUGACCAGAUGCAGGUCAUGCCUAUACCAAGUGGAAUAUACUAUUUCCACGGGACUGAAGCAGUGCAGCAGUCGUUUCACUACAAGCCACCAGCUAAAUACCUCCUGCCAGAACUGACAGCAUCAGACUAUGGGAAGAAGUGUGUGGUCAUUGAUUUAGAUGAAACUUUAGUGCACAGUUCAUUUAAGCCAAUUAGCAAUGCUGAUUUCAUCGUUCCUGUUGAAAUUGAUGGAACCAUACAUCAGGUGUAUGUUUUGAAGCGGCCACAUGUGGAUGAGUUUCUUCAGAGGAUGGGAGAGCUCUUUGAAUGUGUACUCUUCACAGCCAGUCUAGCCAAGUAUGCAGACCCAGUAGCUGACCUACUGGAUCGCUGGGGUGUGUUCAGGGCAAGGCUCUUUAGAGAAUCCUGUGUUUUCCACCGGGGAAAUUACGUGAAGGAUCUGAGUCGGCUGGGACGUGAGCUGAGCAAAGUCAUUAUAGUAGAUAAUUCUCCUGCAUCUUACAUCUUCCAUCCUGAAAAUGCAGUGCCUGUGCAGUCCUGGUUUGAUGACAUGACAGACACAGAGCUGCUAGACCUUAUUCCUUUCUUUGAAGGACUAAGCAAAGAGGAAGAAGUUUACAGUAUGCUUCAUAAACUCUGCAACAGGUAGCCCUUAAGUUUGGCUGACUUCUGCCUACUAGAUUGCAGUUGCUAGAGGCCGUCUCCACCUUUCUCAGCUCUUUCAAAUGUAAGCUUUGGGGAGGUCACCCCUAUCAGAAGUGCUACUCU